GUGGGCGUGGCUUUACAUCUGCUUCUCUUGUGCGUAACUGUCAGAGUGAAAAACCGCAGGCGCAGCGAGCUGCUUUCUGUUGUCCAUAAGUCGGAAACUUUUUUAAUAUUGCCUUUUUAGAGUCUCUUGAAGUUUUUGUUCGACUACAGGACGAUACGUCGCACCAAAUAAAGAUCAUGGACAAGCUGGAGUCAGUGCAGCACAACCUCUGUAUGUGGCUUUCAAGUGACCCAGAUUACAUCCUUGACAAGGGUGGGGAUAUUUUAUCUAUGAAUGAGUUCCGUGAGGUACAAAGGCAAAGCAGUGCAUUAGAUAAGAUGAAAGUACUUUUGAAAAUAAUAAUGCAAAAGGGAGGAGAUACCCCUCAGCACUUCUUGGACAUUCUGAAGCAACAUCAGUCACAUUACCAGCAUGUGCCGCAGCUCUUUAACCCUAACACUGAAGGCUCACCCAUACCAACAGUGUUUGCUGGUGGAAGCAGUGUUGUUACCGCCAGAACCAUGAAAAAUAUUAAAGCAAAAAACAUCAACAUAAGGGUUGAAACAGUGAGCAAUGCAGGAAGCCGUCCAAAUGGAACUACUGUUGGACAGGUUCCUGGAGCAGAUUAUACAGCCUGUGAUGGCAGUAUCAUUUGCGGUGACACACUGACUGAUAUCGAGGUUGACGGUGAAUUCAAUUUAUCAGCCUCUGUGACACCAUCACAGGUAUGUGCAGAAACAGUAGAUGAGACACUGCCAUCCUCUCAGGGCCCUGCUGUGAAAACCAUCACUGAGCACAAGUUGGAACUCAUUGACUGCCUGAGGGCCGAUCACUCCUUCAUUCUGCAGCAUGUGCACGCCAAACAUAUCGUCACGGACAGACAGUAUCAGAAUUUGAAGCAUAUCUUACAGCCAUAAGAAACUGUUACUAACCUUAUCGAUAAAUUGAUUGUAAAUGGUCAAAAUUCCUGCUCUCUAUUCCUUGAAGUUCUCAAAGAGCCUGAUAUUCUCAAGACCUAUCCACAGCUCAGAGAAAUUACAAAAAAAAUGUGCUAAGCAACAGUGGAAGUACAGUGUAUGAACUAGUAAUGGUAAUGCACUGAAAAAGACAACUGUAGGCUAAAUUGGGAAAAUCUGGCUUUGAAUAUAUUGUGGAUAAAGUAUGUGAAUGAUGUGGUUUUAUAUUCUAUGUGUUCUUUAUUUUAUACUUUGGUAAUGCUAUCUUUUGAAAAUCAAUCUGAUUAAGCAGCAGUAAUAUGACAGGGAUUGUUGAUGGGAUUCUCUUACAUGAACUGGACAAAUGGGCUGCUGCAUGUAAUCUACAGAGCCAGUAGUUAUUUAGAAGUGUAAAGGUUUUGUUUCUUGGAUUUUUUUGGUUUAUUUGCAGUGUAUUUCAAAUUUGUGCAAUGCAAUGACCAUUAGAAUUGAAAAUAUUAAACUUUUAAGAGUAUUUUCUAAUCAGGCUUCCACAUUCUACGUCUAAUCACGGAGAUGUGCCAGUAAUAUAAUAGGGGACUGUACUUUAUUUAUCAGAGGGGGAUGGUGGCUGGGAUGUGACUUCAUAUUUGAGUUUUGAUCUUCCUGGGAGCUACAAAUAUUUUUAGAGCAUAGGUGCAGGACAGCCACACACAAAACCAACAAAUUCAAAAUAUCAGCCAAUCAGUCCCUAAGCAUAGGUUUUAACCAGCUCUCUAAGAAACAUGUUCUCCCACAUUGAUCAGAGAGUUUAUGCAUGCUAUUACCCAAAUCUGUCGAUGUGAUCCUGUCAGCUCUUAAAGCUAUGCAUCAUUGUAUCUCUUUGUCUGUCUCAAGUAAUAAAGUAUCAAAUAUCAGGAGAAA